CUCGCGCGCAAUGGUGCAAAAUAUCUCCUGUUCCAACUUCAAUGCCUUCUGCAAAACCUGGCAAAAGCCUAAAGGGGAAGCAAAAGGAGCGCACUUUUGCUAUCAGUGUCACGCAGAUCUUGAGAAGGCAAGACCCAGAGACAAGAUCUGCGUGUGUUGUAGUACGCCUCCUAGACAGUUUUGCCUUGGACGGCUGUAGAACGCAAGGUUAGUUUCAUCACUAGAGAGUCUAGUUUUCAGAGCGGCGUUUGCUCAAAGUAAGCACUUGUUCUCUUUUAAGCUGAAGGGCCGUGCUAUUAAAACCAGGGGGACAGUUGAACUACGGUAUAAUAAAACAUCCUGAUGGUGACAGGACAUACCUCUGUUUGCCAUGGUUCAACAAAGUGCUGCAGUGCUGGGCAACCGCAAGUGUCAAAGUCUUAGUUACUCCAGACCCAAUAGGCGGCCUUUCCUGAGCCAAAGAUCAACCGCAUGUGUCGCUCUGGUCUCAAAGGAAACGCUUGGAUGGUUUAGACAUCCACGACAUGGGCUCAGGCAAGCACUGAGCAGGGGAGAACCAAUACUGUGUCAAAGAAGGCAGUCUGAGGCGUCAAGUCCCAGGUUGAAUAAGAACCGGUACACUGGAAAAGCCUCUGAGCGGAGAGGGAAUCUUUUGAAAGAAGAAAAGGCCCCUUAUUCUGUGCCAGACGCCAUUAGAAAGCAGUUCAGAAGCAAUCAUCGCUUGCAGGCAGUUGGUUCAGACUCUCCUAGGCGGAGUGGGCCAGAUAAGCAGCGGCUAGGGGGUGUCGGCAAGUCUGGUGGACGAAAGGGAUGGGCCAGCGGUUUCAGGGGUCUCACCAAGUUGGAGGAGAGGGAGGUUUCUCUUGUGGAUCGGUCGGGCCCUGAGGAGAGCAGGGAGAACACACAGGGAGGGAAGGACGCCGGGGGUUUGUCAGAUUGGCUUGUGCAGUUGCUGAGUGGGCAGGAGAGAUCAGAGAAGUGGGAUCAGGCAAAGCAUGCAAGUGACGCAGAAGGGGACGGUUCAACUCGCCGGCCCGGCCGGUUUGCUAGUCUUCUGAACUCUUUCCAGGCCAAGGUUGGCUCUCAGGGGGGGCAGGGAGGAGAGAGCGAUGCGCAAGCAAGGGAAAAGGAUGCGGAAGAUGAUGGGCCUGCUCCUACAGCUUUCUCAUCAUGGACAAGUCUGGACGAACCCUGGGCUAGCAUUGUCCUUUUGAAUCUGCUAGCGGCUCUGUAUGGGUCCAAUGCUGUCGCCGCAAAGUUUGUCGAAGAGGCCGCCGUGGUGCCCCCUGCAAGCCUUGCCUGCGCCGUCAAGUUCAGCUUUGCUGCCCUGGCCUUCUCCCCUGUUCUCUGGAGCGUUCUCACGUCGGAGAAGUCUAAGGACAAGAAGACGGUCUUGGCGGGGAUUGAGCUUGGGAUGUGGCUGAUGGCCGGGAUUGUGAGCCAGACGGUUGGCAUGAAGACUGGCAGCAGCAGCAUUAGCCUGCUGUUUACGUUCACCAUCAUCCUGGUGCCCCUCCUCGAGGUGUCAAUCGGAAGGCGCUCCAUCAGCCAGUACACAUGGCUCGCCUCCCUUGCCGCCCUCACAGGCAUGGGCCUGCUCAAGGACCACGGCGGCCUCACCCUUGACCUGGUUGCCCCCCCUGUGGAGGACCUGUGGGGCCUGUUCAGCUCCGCCAUGUUCGCCAUCCAGAUUUUUCGGGCCGAGAUGCUCUGCCAGAAGUUUGACCCGCUGCGCCUAGUUGCCACCCUCCUGGGAGUGUUGGCCGUCCUGUCGAUUGGUUGGGAGGGGUGGUCCCUGGUGCAUGGAGGCAAUGGGAUUGAGCCCCUGGAGCGUCAGCUGAGGGGACUGCCUGUGUGGCCUCUCAUGUAUGGCGGUUUGGUUGCUGGAGGUUUGGGGGGUCUUCUGGAGUUGACGGGCCUGCAGAACAUACACGCUUCUACGGCCACCCUGAUCUACACCACUAUUCCCAUCUGGGGCGGCUUCUUCUCCUUCCUGGUCCGGGGGGAGAGCAUCGGCGAGCCGGCCACCCUAGUGGGGGGCAGCCUCAUGUUCGCCUGCAGUCUUGUUGCUGGGGUGCUUCAACCGAAGAAGGAGCAGGAGCCCCCCCCAGAAACAGAGGCCAAGAAAAAGGAGAAGCAAGCGGCACUGAAGGAGGAGAAGAAGGAGGAGGUUCAGCAGAACGUGAUCAUGGCUGCGGUGCGGGACUUGGUGCGCGGAAAGAGCGGAGACGUCGGGGAGCAAGUAGAGGAAAAGAAGGGGCGGAAGGUGCUGGGCCUGAAGCCCCACCAAGAGGCGCUGGCGCUGAAGCGCCAGGUGGCGCUGAGCAAGGAACUAAAGGGGGAGAGCAAAGGCAUGGUGGGGAGAGCGAUGGGGGCUUUGGCCGCUUUCCGGAGAGAGGAGCCUGAACCUGAGCCUGAACCUGAGCCUGAAACCCUGAUGGAAAAGGCGAUUGAUGCGCUGACGGCACCGUUCCACAAGGAAGAAGAGACUGUCUGCCCGCCAGAGGAGAAGAUUGAACGGUCCAGUUCGCUUGGGAAAGCUGCGGCGCGGUUAGGGGAGGCGAUCAUGGCCUCUGGCGAAAACUUCUUCGAGGGUGCGGGGGAGGAGAAAGCAAAGAAAGCGGACGAGUCGGGUGCGGAGACGGACGAUGAAGGAGAGGAGCCGUCCGUUAACUCAGACACGCUCCCAGCUGCUUAUCUCACGACGCAACUCAAGAUGCCGUUUUACGCAACUCAGGCACAGGGCAUGAUGGCGGGGGCGAGCGGGGUGGGGGCGACAGCUGGCGCGGGCGCUUCGGGUGCUGCUGCGGGGUCUGCAGCAGCGGGGGGCGCAGCGGCAACCACUGCCGCGGGGGGGGCUGGAGCAGCUGCGGCAGGGGCAGCAGCAACGGGUGGCGCUGCCGCAGGCACGGCUGCUGCCGGAGCUGGUGCAGCAGCCGGCACGAGCACCGCCGCGUCAGCCGGCGCAGCCCUCACGGCUGCCGCCGCCCCUGCCACGACAAGCGCCCUUGCAGGGGCAGCGGCCUCUACUGGUGCUGCCGCGACGGGUGCAGCAGCUACGGGGGCUACUGCCGCAGCCACAGGGGCUGCCGCAACUGGUGCGGUGGGUGCAGCGGCAUCUGGCGUGACGGCAGCAGCAACCGGGGCAGCGGCAACGGGAGGAGCAAUAGCAACAGGGGGGGCAGCCGCGACUGGCGCAGCAACAGCAGGGGCGGCGGCAGCAACUGGGGCGGUAGCCACUGGAGCUGCUGCAACGGGUGCAGCUGUGACGGGGGCGGCGGCAACUGGCGGAGCAUUUGUAGGGGCUGCCGCUACUGGGGGAGCAACAGGGGCGGCUGUGGGUGGGGCAGCCGCGACUGGAGCUCUGGCGGCUACAGGGGCGGCGGGGACAGGGGUCGCGGCUGCUGGGGCGGGCGCAGCUGUGGCGGGGAGCACAGCAGCGGGGGCCCUCACAGGGGCUGCUGCAAGUGCGGGCGGUGCUCUGACAACGGCUGCAACUAGCGCAGCCACGGCAGCCACUGGGGCCGCAGUCACGGGCAGCGCCACGACCGCUGCUGCCGCCGGGGCCGCAGGCGCUUUCCUGCAGCAGCCGCAGGGGCGAUUGGAACGGCGGCUGCUGUCGCCGGGGGGGGGAGCCAUCAGUGGAGCAACUGGAGGGGCUGCCGCGGCUGGGGGUGCGGCAGUGGGCGCCGCGUGCGGGGUCGUGCCGAGCGCAGCAACGGCAGUUGCUACGGGGGCUGCGACAACGGCGGCUGCCGGGGGGGGUGCUGCUGCUGCGGGGGGUGCGGCAGCCGGGGGGCUUUUGUCGAUAUCGGUGGUGGCUAACGAGGCCGUGAAUGUGAUUGUGGGGGGGAUUGCGAGCCCAUCGGGGGCAGGCGCGGUGAUUACCGAGGUAGCCAAGGCGGCAGGAAAGACAAUUGCGCAGGCGGCAUCGCCAGUUUCGGGGGCGGGGGCGAAUCUGUUGGCAGACGUGGCGGGCCUGGCGGCGGACACGCCAUUGGCGGCGUUUGUAAGUGAGGUGGCGGCCACUACGCAGGCAGCGGCAGGUUUCGUCGCUGGCGCAGGCACCGAAGCCGGAGUGGCGAUCGAAACCGCCGCCCAAGCCGGGUCGGCCGCAGUCAAUGCUGCCGUCACCAGCGUCGAAGCCAUCGAGGCUCUAGCGGCAUCACAGAUCACAGAAGCUGCCACGGCCGUGGCCCAGAGCGCGGCCGUCGCGCAGUCCGCCAGCGAGGUGACGUCAGCCGCCGGGAUGCUGAGCGCCGUCAUAGAAAACGCGGCCGCAGUCGAAGCUGCUUCCGGGGCGGCCUCCGAACUGGUGGUCGGGGCAGACCCCCUAGCGCAGGGCCUCUCGGCCGCUGUACAGUCGGCAGGCACUGUCCUGGAAAAGGCUGUGGAACUCUCGGGCCCUGUUUCGAGCCAGGCGGUGAGCGCCUCGGAGCCCCUUGUAAAUAAUGUCCCAGCGGCAGUCCAAGCAGUGGUCGCCGCCAUAGAAAAGGCGGCUGAGACGGCACUCCCCGUGGCCUCCGAGUCGGCCGCAGGUUCGGCCGCUAGCGCCGCGGGGGAUCCCCUUGCGUCAGCCAUUGCGUCAGGUGCCGCUGACAUCGGAGCUGCCACGUCGGAGGCGUGGGUCUCGGCCGCGCAGGCCGUGGGGUCGGCUAUCGAGGGCGCAUUGCCCGCCUCUCAAGGUGCUGAGGUGGCAGCCUCCGCUGCGAGUGGCUCGUCAGUGGUGGAUCCCCUGGCGAGUGAGAUGGUCAGUAAAGGGGCGGAGUUUGCGGCGGCCGUGACGCAUGCGGCCGGGCCGGCGGUCCAAGCUGCGGUGCACGCCGCCACAACGGCGGCAGCUGUCGCGGGAGCCAGUGGAGCGGUGACAGCUGUCACUCACGCGGCGUCCGAUAUUUUGGCGAAUGCGGGGGACCAGUUCACGUGGCUGGACAGCUCGCAGUCUGGGCUGGGGGAUGCGGUCCCUGAGGAAGGGCACCGAGCAGCGGCGACGGUGCUGGGGAUGAUGGGACCGCUAAACAUGCAUGCGCUAGAGCAACUGUAUCAUGUAGGCCCGCCAUUGAUAGGUGGCGGACUGGCGCUCUGCUGGCUGCUGCAGGCUACGGUGUCGAGGCAGAGGAGUCCGGGGAAGGUGCCAAGGUAGCCAGGGGGUUAGAUAGACCAUUCUUUGUACGAGUAGGCAAAUAAACCGUUCAUCUGAGUUGCCGCUAACCGUUGAGCACCCAUUCUUUGCGUGUUUGAAGCCCGAUUGAUCCAUAAACUGUACCAAAUGCAAGUGGCCAUAGUUUGCAGGUACGUGAAAAAACAUACGUCGUGUGUAUAAUCUGGUGAGAUAGAGGAGCAGGUCACAUGGCCUGACUAAAGUUUUGGGAGUCCUGCGUUGAAAGAAAGAGAAUCAGGAAUAAGCUAUAACCAAGACCUUGUUUCUUUGUUGUAACAUGCAAAGGCUGUAGGAAGGUGGGUGGUUCCAAGUAUAAUCUGCAGUGGUCGGGGACUUAAGCUGUUGAUCCUUUGGCUGCUGAUAUAAUCGACUCAACCUGGUUUCUAG